CCGCAAUUAAUUAACUAAGGAAUUAGGGUUUAAGCUGUACCCCAAUCCUGGAAAAAAAGUAGAACUGUUGGAGAAAAAUAAAAGCUCAGAAAUUGUGAAUUGAGAUUCUAGCCACUACAGAGUACAGACUACAGUAGAUACUCAGAGAAGACGAAAAUGGCCACCAUUGCCGCCGCAAGAUCCAUUUUCCGAUCAACUUCCGUUCGUAGCGCCGCCUCUAAAUUCUCCUCCAGUGCUAAAUCUACUCGCUCUUCAUUUCGCGCUCCGACGAAUAAUUCUCUAUCUCACCGCAUCUUCAGGUGUCCUGCUGAAUUGAGUGUUUGUCUGGAGACGAUGCAGCCGUUUCAUACUGCAACUGCUUCUGCGUUGAUGACUUCCAUGCUUUCACUAUCUCCUGCCAGCUGCGGUUGGGUUCCUGAUGGGCUGUAAUUAAUGACCUUUGAGCUGCUGGAAGGUGUGCCGAGGACAUUAGCUUUGUUAUAUUCUUGUGAUACUUUUAAGUUAGGACAUUCACUUGUACUUUGUAAUAAUAGUGGACUUAUUGUGGGAUGAUAUACCUUUCUAUCAUUUUCCGGUCUCUUGUCGAUGAAUUUGUUGCUACUUGUGAAUACGAGGUAACUUUUUCUCUUUGCCAAUCAA